CGGCAACUGAAACUCGAAGGCGACAAUUUCCGGCAGAAGUUGAACACGCAGCACAUUUUUGAUGACUGGGUAGCACGCGUACAAGCCAAAAAUAUUUCUCUGACGGGACGUGUAUUUAUUAUCGAAAAACGUCAAAAAGAUGGGAAGAUUGCGCUGAAUUUGAAAGUGAAUUUCUCGAAUGAUGUACGAAAUAUGAAACACAUGGGUUUUCGAAUACCCCUGAAGAUUGUAAAUACAGCUCACCAGGCGAAUCUUCUCUAUCCAUUUGCCAUAUCGCUGUUGGAAUCGGGUAAUCUGCUCACCUGGGAAUCAUAUAAAAUGGACCCGUAUGUUUCAAAGCUGUCCACAUCGAUCUCGAGUUUUCAGGAGAAAGUUGAAGAGCUGGAUAUGCUUCUUGAUAGAAUUGAGGUUAUUCUUUGCUGGAUUUUUUUUGCUCUGAUACUCUAG